AUGAUAUUUUGUUAUUUCCUCUUUCUUGGGUGCUUCUUGGCAGCGCCAAUUAUCUAACAAAAUUCAUUCAAAGGUAUUAAUUUUAUCACCCUCCCUUUCAAUAUCUCAAACAAUCAAAUAAAAAUCACCUUGGACUCUUAAUAUAUUGAUGAAUACCAGCUCCAACCCUUUCUAUUUAUUUGCCUCAUUAAGCCUACAUCCACUACCUUCAUGUAGUUGCUAUCAGAUGAAAAGUGAGUAUUCAUUUUAAUUAGAUGCUUCGUAAAUUGGUUUUCCUAUCAAAUGAGAUAAACUUAGUAUCUCAUCUUGUAGAAGCAGUCAACCAGCAAAGAAAUAUCAAAUUACUAUCAAAUCUAUUAAUACGAUGAAUCUUUAUAUAUUGGAUUUCAAUCAACUAAUGAAGCCAAUAUAAUAGUUAGAAUAUAAUAAAUCAGUUCCGAUUAAUGCAUUUUGUAUAUAUUCACUUUAUAUCAGGGUAUGUUAAAAUGAAACCGAAUGUAAAAAUCAAAUUUGCAAUUGCAAUUUUUAUCAAGUUGGCUAAGAUUGCAAUCUUAUCAUAGAUGAUCUCACUUCAUAAUAAAUAUUUUAGGGUAAAAAGAUUUAUUAUGUUGAUGUCUAAAAAGGGUAAAAUGAAAGUCAAUCAGUUUUAUUAGAAUUUCAAAAUUCAACUACCUUCUACGGAUUCUGCAUUACCUAAAAUUUCAAUCCAAACCUAAUUACAUAAUAAAAUAACAAGACAUUAUACAUUUCCUUGGAUCAGAUAAACCAAUGCUACGAAGAGGUACUGAAUUUAAGAGAAUAAUUUAAUUCCUCCAUCAAUUACUAUUUUCUAAUAUAUUUUGAUACCAACAACCAUACUUACUUGGAAAGUUCUAUUCAAAAUACCGAUAAUAGCUAACUCAUUAUAAUUCUUUCUACUAUUUUAUCCUCGAUGUCAUUCUGCUUUGUGUUUUGUCUUAUAAAAUCAAAUUGUUUUAAAAAAUAAAAAGAGCCUGAGAAAGAAAAUCAGAAAUAUGAAUUAAAACAUGCUCCAUCCCUCAUUGAUUAAUUCUUUCCAUCCUAAGAAUUUGUAGCACUUCGAAAUAAAUGCGAGAAACUCGUGACACUAAAUCAAUGCCUGAUUUGCCUUGACCUGUUCUACGAUGAUUCACGUGUAAGAGUCACCUAUUGCAAUCAUAUCUUCCAUACAUCUUGCUUUGAUAAAUGGAUGAAUGUACAUAAAGUAAUGUGAUACCACAUAUCACCAGAGUUGUCCUAAUUGCAGAAGUCUAUUCGACGAGGAAUCCAUCCUUAAAUAUUCCAACUAGAAAGAAGCUGAAAUCUUUUAAUGGAGCAGUAGAACAGAGGAGGUGAAGACCACUUUGAAACCACUAAUCAAUGAGACUUAACAAUAAUAACCUUAAGUUUCUCAACUAGAUUCACAGAAAAACAUUCAAGCCUUUUGAAAUAGUUUUUUUUUUUAUAUACAAGAAUUUGUAAAAUAAUUAAUUAAUGAAGGAAAAAUUUUGCCUUGCAUUUAAAAACGAAUUGGAUCUCAUCUAAAAACUAUAGUUAAACCCAUUAUUUAAAUAAAUCACCGUAUGGACUGAUCAUUUGUUGGAGAAUCAACAGUUGACCGAACAAGAAUAACUCUUAUAUCAGUUGUCCAAUAAUUUAGAUCAUUUCAAGUAAAUAUUGUAGGAAUGUUGUGACAACCUAGAAGAACAAAAUCUAAGUCUUAUGUGUCUAUUGACCUUAUUUUUUGGUUUGAUGGUUCCCCUCAAAUUGAUUGAAGAAGAAAAUUUAGCUAAUAUUACAGAAAGAUACUUAAGUACAUUAUUUAACAAUUGAAAAUUUAGUUUCACAUUCUAAUACCAUAAAACUAUUGAUUACCUUGUUUCAAAAAUUUAGGUUUAACAAUAUUAUGGUGCUCUUACCUUAAAUUUAUGAUUAGGAAAUCAGCAAACUUGCAUAAUCAAUCAAAAUUCACUUGUUUGAUAAAACCUAUAUGUCCGCAUAUAAUUUAAUUGAAGAAUACACUUAGAAUGUAAUAUCUGUUUAUUAUGCUAUUAGAAAUCCUAAGAGUGUUUUGAUAACAUCAUCAAAUUGGCUUAAGAUUUAGAUAUUUAUUCAUCAAAUUAGUUGCAUAUGUAAUUGAUUCAACAAAUCAAAAAAUUUAUUGAAUAUGAAAGCAAUGAGUUGGCUUAAAAGUUUGUAGAUAUUGAAUUGAAUGAAUAUUAUGAAUCCAUUCCAAUUUUUAAGGAUGUAAGGGUGGUUAGAUGCAAGGAGGAUCUCUUGAAUAGGAAAUUGUUUAUAUUAAAUGAGUUCGUGCAUGUUCCUGAAGAUGAAACCAUAGAAUAUAAGGAGAUGGUCAAUUUAGAAUCUAAAAAUCAAUUCAUAGUCAAGAAAGCUGUCUCUGCAUUUAUGAAUCAAAAAGGGGGCACGCUAUUUAUUGGAAUCAAAGACUCAUUCUAAGUGAGAGGAUUUUCUGUUGGAAAUAACAACUACUAUUUUAGAUAAUGUCUAUGGGAUGACUGUCUGGAUUUGAUUCAUCCUUCUUUGAUAUUUGAAUAGCAAGUCAAAGUAGAUUUGAUACCUGUCUAUUCAUAAGAGGGUCAAUAGAUUGAUGGGAAUUACAUAAUUAAAAUUGAAUUGAUUAGAGAACCUAACUGUUAAUUUGUCUACACAUUUGGGGAAUUGAUUGAACAUCAUUAAUAAUGUGAAGCGACGUUUUGUUUUAAAAGACAAGGAGAUCAAUCUAAGGCUGUCAGACAUCAUCAUUUGAAAUAGUUAAUCAAAAUUCUUAAUUUAAAUUAAAGCAAUAUUGGCUUUGAAAGAAUUGAUAGAGAAUAUUUUAUUGAUGGGAGAAUGAAAAAUAGAAAAUAUGCUAAUUAAUCAUCUCAUGAAAGAGGAGAGUCAAAUUAAAUGUAAUACAAGUAAGAUUUAAGAAUGAAUAACCAGUUCUUAAAAGAAUUCUAAUCGAAUUAAAUUCUAGACCAAAAUUUUGAACCUCAUCCAGAUAUUGAUUUAGCUAAUCUAAAUUUAUAAAUUGAUUGCUAAUUAAAUCAACUCGAGAAACGGUAAGAAUGGAUUGUAAUUCGCAAACUGAAAUUAAAUGAUUUUGAUAAAUUGAAAAACAUCCUUUAGACUCUUCAAGAUGUUUGUGUUCAAGAUAUUAUCCUUGCGUAAACCACAAUUCAUAUACAAUUGAAAAAUCAUAGCAAAUAGGAGUUUAUUGAUAAUCUAAAAUAUCAACUUAAUCGAAUUGGAGAGCGAAUUAAAUUUACAUAUGGAUAUCCAUAGGUAAUUCAAAUUGCUAAUGAAAAUGAUUAAAUAAAUUACUUUAUCUCUAACGCCUUAAACUUGCAUAACUUCAAUAUUCUCCCCAAAAAGGAAUGUAGAAUAAUAGAAGCUAAACAUGUUGAAGAUCUUAUUUAAAUUUAUAAAUUUAUAAAAGAAAAUAUAAAGAUAGAAGUUCAUUGGAAGUUAAGGGAAGCUGAAGAAUUUGUAUUCGCACCCAUAGAAGAUGAGUAAUAAAAUUUACUAAAUUGA